CUUUUGAGGUAGAGUCUGUAAAAAAACAACUAAUCUUCUUUUCAAAUAGAUUUUUGUAAAUAAGUGACAGGAGAUGGGCUGCUUUUAUAGAAAGUAUUAACCCAAAUGAUGGUUGUUAAUCAUUAAACGUGUUAGAUGGUGGUUGGCUUGUUUCUCUGAUAUUCUAAUCCGGGUCACAGAAUGGCUAAGGCAGCUUUAAGUGCAGGGUGGAUUUUUUUUUCUCAGUUUGCCUUGUGUUUUCCACUCUGAAACAAUGUUGUGGCCACUCUUCAUUCUGGUGACUGCUAUUCAUGCUCAACUCUGUCACCCAGGUGCAGAAAAUGCUUUUAAAGUGAGACUUAGUAUCAAGACAGCUCUUGGAGAGAAAGCAUAUGCCUGGGAUAUAAAUGAAGAAUAUCUCUUCAGAGCGAUGGUGGCUUUCUCCAUGAGAAAGCUUCCCAAAAGAGAAGCAACAGAAGUUGCUCAUGUCCUACUUUGCAAUGUAACUCAGAGGGUGUCAUUUUGGUUUGUGGUUACAGACCCUUCAAAAAAUCACACCCUUCCUGCUGCUGAGGUGCAGUCAGCCAUAAGAAUGAAUAGGAACCGGAUCAACAAUGCCUUCUCUUUGAAUGACCGAACUCUGGAAUUUUUAAAAAUUCCUUCCACACUUGAACCACCCACGGACCCAUCUGUACCCAUCUGGAUUAUUAUAUUUGGUGUGAUAUUUUGCAUGGUCAUAGUUGCAAUUACACUACUGAUUUUAUCAGGGAUCUGGGAAAGUAGAAGGAAGAACGCAGAACUAUCUCAACUGAUUGACGCUGAAGAUAGGUGUGAAAACAUGAUCACAAUUGAAAACGGCAUCCCCUGCAACCCUUUGGACGCGAAGGGAGGGCGCAUUAACGAUGCCUUCGUGACAGAGGAUGAGCGGCUCACCCCUCUCUGAAGGGCUGUUGUUCUGCUUCCCUGAUAAAUUCAACACUUGUUUCUGUGCUACUGCUGAGCAUUCCCAAAUACCAAGGGCAGAUCAUAUAUUUUGUUUUACCAUCCUUUUUUGUAAUAAAUCUUGAAUGUGCUUUAAAAUGAAAGGCAAUCAAUUAUACCCACAAACCCAUGAAAUCAUAAGCUACUGACUACUCAAAAUAUUCUAAAAUAUUUUUCUGACAGCACGUAAGUGUGACCAUGUGGUGUUUACAGUUAUUGAUUUAAGCAUUUCCAGAAAUAAGGUCAGGGCUAUAUAUAUAUAUAUAUAUAUACAUAUAAUUUUUUCACACUUCAAAGACCUAAGGAAAAAUAAUUUUUUCAGUGGGGAAUACCUAUAAUAUGGUGUAAAAAUGAUUGAAAAUGGAUCCUUUUUUAAUAUCGUUUAUAUCACUCUGUAUAUGACUAAGUAAGCAAAAGAAAAAUGUAUUGCAAAUAGGAUGGAUAAAAAUAGAAAUGCUGAUUAACAGGGUGGAAUUUUAUCCUGUUAUCAUACCUACAGCUGCUUAUAUAUUUCUGAAUAUCAGUCUCUAAUGGGACAGUUCUAUUUGCUGGCUAUUUCUGCAAUUUGCGAAAGUCCAAUCUGUGCUAAUUUAAUAAAGUGCUAAUCAUCACUUUUUGAUUGUG